GACCUAAAAUGUUUUGUAUUUUAUAAAGUUAAAACUGUGUAGUGAAAGGCGAACAAGUUGUAUUGUUUUGUUUGUGAUUUCCGAUAAUUUUGUGAUUAUUCCAUUGUUGUACAAAAUUCGAGGACCAUUUUCAUAGUUGUUCAUAAAAACAUAUAAGUUAUAGUUAGCUGAGACUAUAUAUGAUAUCUUUCUACUCGUAGAUUGGUUGGAUUUUGAGCAAACCCGAAAACAAGAUUGAAUAAGUGCACAUGCUUUUAUACAAAUGGGAGUUAAAUAAUAUUUUACUUGGGUGCAAUAGAAUAGCGCCGUAAUAAUUGAUUCAAUAUUUGAGUACAUAAUCGUUAGAGCGCUGACGAUCAUGACAGACACAAGACGAAGAGUAAAGCUUUAUGCUCUGAAUGCUGACCGGCAAUGGGACGACAGAGGUACAGGCCAUGUGUCUUCAUGUUACGUGGAGAGGCUGAAGGGCACAUCGUUGCUUGUUCGUGCGGAAUCAGAUGGAUCUCUUCUCUUGGAGAGUAAAAUACAGCCAGAUACGGCAUAUCAGAAGCAGCAGGACACCUUGAUCGUGUGGUCUGAAGGCGACAACUUUGAUUUGGCAUUGAGUUUUCAAGAGAAAGCUGGUUGUGAUGAAAUAUGGGAAAAGAUAUGUCAGGUACAAGGCAAAGAUCCAUCAGUUGAAAUCACGCAAGACAUAGUGGAGGAAUCUGAAGAUGAACGUUUUGAUGAAAUGUCAGACAGUGUGCAGCCUGUGGAGUUGCCCGCUUGUGAAAUGGGUCGUUUAGAGGACAUCAGUGAAUUGGUUAACAGUUGCCUAGUCUCUCAAGCCCGCAAAGACAAGUUGGCAGCCGCACUGGAGACCCAACACUACAUAAAGAAACUACUAAAUCUCUUCCAUAUGUGCGAGGAUAUUGAAAAUAUUGAGGGAUUGCAUCAUCUAUAUGAAAUUUUCAAAAGUAUAUUUCUUUUGAACAAAAACACUCUAUUUGAUACAAUGUUUGCAGAUGACACUAUAUUUGAUGUAGUUGGCUGUCUGGAGUAUGACCCAAGCCUUCCUCAGCCCAAAAAACACAGAGAGUAUCUCAGAGAGCUUGCUAAAUUCCGUGAAGCCAUUCCCAUAAAAAAUCAGGACUUGCUAGCUAAAAUACAUCAAACAUACAGAGUACAGUACAUUCAGGACAUUGUCCUACCUACUCCUACAGUUUUUGAGGAUAAUUUGCUAAGCACACUGUCUAGUUUUAUAUUUUUCAAUAAGGUAGAAAUAGUGAAGCUCAUCGAGGAGGAUGAUAAGUUUUUAACUGACUUAUUUAAGUUGCUAAUGGAUGAUAAGACAUUGGACACUAAAAGACGAGAUUUAGUACUAUUUUUAAAAGAGUUUUGUAAUUUUUCACAAAAUCUACAACCUCAAGAUAAGGAUGCAUUCUAUAAAACCCUGGUAUCCCUGGGGAUCCUGCCAGCAUUAGAAAUUACACUAAGUAUAGAUGAUCAAAAGACGAAGACUGCAUCUAUAGAUAUUUUAACUUAUAUAGUUGAGUUUUCACCAUCAGUUGUAAGGGAUUAUACAUUACAACAUGCUAAUAAUACAGAAGAGGAACAUAUGCUGUUAAAUAUUGUGAUAGAACAGAUGCUUCGGGAUCGAGAUCCGGAACUGGGUGGAGCGGUGCAGCUAAUGGGAGUGUUACGUAUUCUGCUAGAUCCCGAGAGUAUGCUGGCAUCUGUUAAUAAAAGUGAAAAAGCAGACUUUCUCAAUUUCUUCUAUAAACACAGUAUACAAACUCUUACAGCUCCGUUACUAGAGAACACAACUGGUGAGAAGCCCUUGAAGGAGGACUACCACACUGUGCAGCUAUUAGGGCUAGUCUUGGAGCUCCUAUCAUUCUGUGUUGAACAUCACACAUACCAUAUCAAAACCUGUAUACUAAAUAAGGACCUCCUACGUCGCAUCUUGGUGCUGAUGAGAUCUACACACACGUUCCUGGUCCUCGGGGCCUUAAGGUUCAUGAGGAAGAUCAUUGCACUUAAAGAUGAAUACUAUAACCGGUACAUAAUAAAAGGGAACCUAUUUGCUCCAGUUGUUGAUGCAUUCUUGAGGAAUAAUGGCAGAUAUAAUUUACUUGACUCUGCCGUCCUAGAAUUAUUUGAAUUCAUCAAACUGGAAGACAUUAAAUCAUUAUGUUCGCAUGUAGUAGAGAACUACGGCAAGAUUUUGGAGGAUGUGGAGUAUGUACAGACUUUCAGAAGUUUAAAAAUGCGAUAUGAUCAGCAUCAGGAUAAAUUAAAGGAGCGGGAGAGAGUGAGCGGCAGCGUGGGCGUGGGCGUGGGCGUGGGCGUGGGCGUGGCGGAGGCGGUGGUGCCGUCGCUGCUGCGCACGCGCUACCGGCGCGAGGCGCGCGCGCCGGACGACGAGGAGGAGAUGUGGUUCAACGACGACGACGAGCUCGACGACGACGCGCCCAUCGACGCUCCGGCCACGCAGCACGCGCACCAUGCGCUUGACGCCAUCGGUAAAAUAGUAGAGAAAAAAGUGUGCGGCGCGGCGGAAACAGUGAAUGGCCCGAGUCGGGUUCUCCUCACGGCGAGCUCCAACAGCAAGCCGCCGCUCGCCGACGUUCAGGUAUCCGAGCCCAGUUUACUCAAUAAGGGCUUGGUGGACUACGACGGCGAUUCGGACGAGGAGGAGGAGACCGGCGCCGGCAACAGCGGCAGCUCCGACGAGCGCGACGCGAAGCGGCCGCGGCUCGCGUAGUGCUGCCGCUGCCGGCGCCGGGGACGCAGCAACGACCGCCCAGUGACGUGAUGUAAGAGAACUGUUUGUUUGAACACGUGAACGUUGGGGACGUCUCAUCACAUACUAUCUAGAAAUCCAUCAGUAGAUCCAGCGAUGUGGAUAAUGUGGAAAGCGUGAACGUCCAACGAUGUGGAAGUCAGUUAACAUGAGAAUGUUGGGAACUUCUCAUCACAAUCUCAUAAUCUUGAAAUGAUCCAGCGUUGUGGACGUAAGCUAUCGAACGCUCGUUGAAGUAAGUAAGAACGUCUCAUCACAAAAGUUCUCAAAUUUUUUCCGUUGCUAACUAGGAAUAUAGCCGGAUCCAGUGGAUGUAAGCUAGCGUACGAUCUUAUGGAUGGUUUAGACGUGACGUCAUCACAUAAUCUGUUUCAAAAUUAUCUCUUGAUAUGCGAUCUGUUUCUUGGUUUUACGAUUAGGUAGUGGAUCCUUUGCGGCUGCGUGGGCGAAACGUCUCAUUGCCUAAUGUUCUUUCUUGAAAUUGUAAAUAUCUUGUAAUUGAUUUCGAAAACUUUAUAUAUUUAAAAUAAUGUUAUGAUAGAAAUGAUAAAAGCCUGUUAUGUGAUGAGACAAAAACGUGUCGCUUGACGUAGCCGAGAAGUUAUAUGGCGUGUAGCGACGCAUAAUGAAUCGCGUGAGUCGACCUGACAAUAGCUUUUUCAUUGGUAGACAGUUUUUGAACGGCAUAACGUUUUGGUACACGCUCCGCCUAUUUCUUGACGGGACCGUUAAUUUCAAUCGUAUGGAGUGACGAGCACCGCGUAGUAUAGGAGCGGGCUCGGUGGUGAAUUGUUAUGGCGGGUGUACAAUUACACGUGACUUCAUAUGGUGAGACACUUGUGUGCGCCUUCGGGGUCAUUCGUCGUCGGUACAACCCAUUAGAUGGUUUAGAUAAAUUAAUUAUUGUAUAAAUAUACCAAAUUAUACAGCAGAAUAUCCGUCUUAGUUUCACAUGUUCGUCUCGCUGAAGGAUGCGGCGAUUGUGUUUAACCUUUAAUAUUGUUGUGUUUACAAAAUGGCGCCUCACUCGUGCCCUGUUCCGAUAUGAUUGGGGUAUUUCGUUCUUGUUGGGUAUAAUUUCGUGUUUAUGAACAUUGUAAGAAAAAGUAUGUACAUUUUAAUUUAUUACAAAAAUCGUAUGUGUUGUGUGUUAAUUGUGACUAUUAUAAAAGUGAGUAAACGCUGUAAUGUAGCUGAAUUUAAUUGGUAUAUAAAAUAUUUUUAGAUUGCACUAUGACACCUUUGUCUAAAGUUUAUCAAUUUAUGGAAUAGAAUCGAAAAGAAUUUAAAUUAUUUAUUAAUUUGAGGAAUUUCACAAGUUUUUACUUGCUUUGGUUCAACUAAUGUGUAGUUUUAAUCAUAACAUUCUCUUACUUGGAUAUGGCUAAACUUAAAUAACGUUGUAUCGACUGUAUUUUCGAUUGGAUGUCGGCCAUAAAAUGCGUUUUAUACUAAUAUUCACAGAAUUUUCAACUUAUUUUCAGCAAUUUUUUUAAAGAAAAUAUUAUUCGUCUCUCACUAUUUGUUGGUAACAUUUUGAUUACAUUAUAUCAUGUUAUAAAAGGAAUACAAUUUUGAUAAGCCUUUUUAUACACUUUAAAAAUUAAUAUCUUCGCACAUUAUAUGUUACUUAUAUAAUGCAUAAGUUGUAAUGUGCAAAGGUAUUGACUUUUUGAAGUAAUUUUUGUCAGUAAAGUAGGAUCGUAUAAUAGCGGCAUCGAGAUCAUCUGUUAUUCUUUACAAGUAGCUUGACUAAAACCCUCUUUAUACCAAUAACACUAGGUUUGAUGUUCCACUACUACGACAGUAGCUGAAUGUUUGUAGUCUAAUAUCAAUUUUAUUAUUAUUGCUAUAAAGUUGGUUUUAGUUUAUCUUUCGCUCGUAGUUGUCAGUGAUGGAUUACAAUAAAUGUGAGACGCGGAUGCAUGUGCAUGAAUAAACUCAUCAAAUGUGUCAAUUUAUAUUGUUUUGACAUAGAAUAUAUCUAAUUUUAGUCACAGACGAUGCGACCAGAAAGGAAUGCACGUAUUUAAUAGAACAGGAACGCAAUCUAGCUUCUCUUUUGUUUAUAAAUCUGCAUCCCUUUUUGUUACCAAAUCGAACAGUCUGUUUACUGAUAGGCGGUACGGAAAUUAAGAAACUGAUGAAUGGUUCGUAUAGGUACUAGUGAACACAAACCAAUCAUCAGUGUUUUUAUUUUCAGUAAUAAAAGUUCAAAAUUCUGUGAAUCAACAAGUUGACAAAUAUAAACAUCGCAAGGCAGAGCCACUUAACCCUGAAUGGGGAUAUCCUUUUUUAUGUAAAUAAUAUAAAUGGCGACACUCAGUGUAUACUCUCCUUCAAUAAGCGUAUAAAGUGCUUCGUAAUGUAGCUUAAUGUUAAUUUCAAUGGUAUCAGAAUAUAGAACAAAUUUUGGAUAUGAGGUGUAUUUAAUAUGAAAUAUUUUUAACGGCUAGGUUUACUUUGCUGGCGGUUUGUAAUAGCGAAAGUACAAAGAUUUGAAUGGGAAUUAAAUAUUAAUAAAUAAAUAGACAUUAGCAGGAAAUUUAUGCAAUAAACAAAUAGUUGAAAAAUAGAAGGAUCAACCUUGUCUACAAGCUGUCAUAGGAAAGUUAUUUGAUACACAAUUCGCAAUUGUGUAUAUUAUUUCAUAUAUUAAUUCAUUGAGAUUCGUAUUAUUUUACGAACAAUGCUUUGUCGGAAAUAUUAACAAGUGAUGUAUGUAAUCGAUGAUAAUUAUUUGAUAACUUUCGCGAAGAAGCUAUAUGGAAAGGAGACGACGAACGAGAAUUUCCCGUCCUUGUCUUAUUGGUUUCUUUUGAUUUACCUCGCUUUUUGUGAAACCGUUCACAAAACAAAGUGUAAAUAUUGUAUAAGAAUUUCUUCACAAGUUUAUUAAAAACAAAGAAAAUUGUAUACUGACUUUAAUUUCGUGGGAAUAUUAUUUAUCUGUUGCCGAUCUAAUUCUAUUAAUAUGAAUAAUUCCUUGGACUACUUGAAAAAUGAAAAUUAUUGUUCUAUAUUUUAUAAUUUGUCCUGCAACAACUCUUCUCAUUUUAAAUUAUUCAUGUUAAUAGAACUGUUGCUUUAUAUUACAUAUCCAUGAUGGUACAUUUGAAUAGAGUUUUUUAGUUAAUCAUUACGUGAGUAGGUGUACAGUUUCACCUGAAAAUGCCCCGAUUAAACUUAAAGCAAAUUUAUAAACUAAAGGAUAAAUAUCCUAGGCUAUAGUUUAAUUUAUCAAUUUGAAUUUUGUCGCAAAAUACUUGAUAAUCUGUUUUUAUGCAAUAAAAUGGAACUUAAAAAUUUAAAUACUUUAUUUAAAUAGUAGUUUUCUCAAACGGUAUCUUAGUCUAAAGAUCUCUCGAGAUAUUUUUUCAUUUGUUAUUAUUUUCAUUUCCGUUACCAUCCUAAUUUUAUAGGGAUCAGCAAAGUAUGUAUUUUUGGUCUUAGUACAAAGUUUUUAUUCGAACAUUUCGUCUGGUUCAUUUGAUAACAAUUAAAUAUAAAUAUGUGAUGUUCAACGAGAAAAGGUACCGUAUGGAAGGCAGUUUCUUACGAUGUAUUGUGCGCAUCUAUAAUAUGAACAAGUGAAACGUCAUAAGCGACUUCCCUUCCGUCAUAAAGUCACUUUUUUCGGGGAACGUCACAUAUACAGGGUGAUAGGGUAAACAGUGUUUAUCCUUGAAAUCAGAUGAUUAGUAGAGUCUGAAAAUACAUAUUAUAUAUUUUUUUAUUAAAAAGUCCUGGUAUAUUUCAAUUUUUACAUUAUCAGCUGUCCGAGUGACGAACAGUGCCGCACCGGCCAAUCGGGGCUUAAAAAUUGAUUAUGAAAAAAAUCAUCAAUAUCAGUUGAAUAUUAAUUGUGAUAAUUAUUGGUGGUAUACGUAUCAACUGUCUACACUAUGCCACCCUGUAUUUAUGUCAUACGAAUAUGUAGAAAUUAUUAGUUAUUCGGCAUUUGUCGUGGCUUCUGUCGACCGCGUUAUCGACACAACUAAAGUUGUACAUGAUGACACGACACAAGACAAUACUUGUCUUGUUUAUUAAUGCAGAAUAUAACAAUACAUGUUUUAUUUAUUUUAAAUAGAGUAAUCUGCUGUUUAAGUUUUGUUGAAAGUAGAGAAUAAAUCAUAAUGGGAUUUUAAGUAAAUUAUGUAAAUACAUAUUCUCCUGCCAUGCAUGACCUCUCGCAGGUGUUGAGUUCUCGUAUAAUGUUUAUUCAUAAACGUAAUGCCAUUUUAUUCAAAGAUCGGAAAAUACCCCGAUGUGUUUAGUGAAUCAUUUAAGUAAGACAUUUUUAUUGCAUGCGUAAGAUGAUUCUUUAUUAUUGGUUUUAUGGUGGUAUGUCGUAUAACACUCGGACCACGCUAUUGCGUAUAACGGUUCGUACGAAUAUUUCGUGUAACGCGCAAUGUUCAUUUAUCCGCUGUGAAAAUCUUUUAAAAUAAGAGAACCACGUGACAUUUCGUGCAAAACAUUCACUAGAACGAAUACGUCGUCGUUUAGGGCCACAAGCAUUGCGAUAGGGCUGUCAUAGGAUGAGAGCUAUUCAAUGUUAUGAAGAUUAAACCAUCAGGUUUAUUUCAACAUGUCUUAAGUCCGUAUUAGGUAUUCCUUUACUUUCAACAAAUCAAAGAUUCGUCGACUGCUUAUGAAUGUGGCUUUUUACUGCAAAGUAAUGUGUAUGUGAUAAACGUAUCUGAGUAAGAUCCAUUUUAUUUUAUUACUGUUAACCCUAGUUUUAUCGUUCGUACUUUGUAAAUAAUAUUAGAUUUUAUAAAGUAUAUUUAAUCUGGUGAUGUUAAGUACACAAAUCUGUAUAUUCCCAAAGAAAGAAAUAUAUGGAACAAUAUGACAAUAUCUGAACGCUUUUUCUAAAAUCUACUUGGUUAUGUUUGAAACCACAGGCACAUAUAAAGACUGUGACGAUUUUAAAGAAAUUACAUUUAAAUAAUUAUUUACGCGCUUAUAUUUCAACAUAUUUUCCAUAUAUUUCUUGUAUGGACAAAAUAAAAUUAAAUUCCUCUUGUCACCAGAUAUGUGGUAUUCAAUAGACUUAAAGUGGCCCUUUAUUUCGCUCUUCCUAAUAGGUGUCGUGUCAGCGUAUUUGUCGUAUUAUAGGUUUGUGUUUGCAUUUACACAAUACAAAACAUAAUAUAAAUAUUAUGAUGUUUCCUUAUUCAAUAGCGAAUGUCAUAUAUAGUUGUUAUCAGAUAUGCAAGUCUGUCAGUAUCAGGACCGAAACAUGCAGAGUAGGUAAAUGCGGAGCGUAUUAUAGCUAAGAAAUUGGAUUAUAUGGAAAAACAUGUUUCGUUGUGUAUGUAGUUUUAAAGAAGUACUUUCUUAUUGAAUUAAUAUUCAGCAGUAUAAUAUUUUCCAUGUGAUCUUUAAAAAAUAACUUUAUAAUUUUUUUUUUGUGGUUUUAGGAAUAUUUUAGCCCAACUGAUAAUUUUUUUCUUUUUUUAACUGCAAUUGAUGCAAAUAUAGUAUAUAUGUAGAAAUUACCUUUUUUCAAAUUGAAUAUUGUAGUAAUUACGUACUUUCUGUAUUAUCUAUUUAAUCCUAAAAACUACUCUAGUAUAAACUGCUCGAUAUCGGUGACUUUUCGCGACUUCGUUUAUAUACGAUCUGUCAUAUUAUUAAAAAUAUACGAUUGACGAAAUGAAAAGAGCAAUCACAUCGGGACGAAUUUCUGCCAUAUAAAUUAACAGGGUUAAAAUUUUAACUUGGAAAUUUUCUUUCGUUACAAAAACUCCAAAAUAUGUUUUUGAUAAAAUCAUCUCCUUAUUUUCAGGCCUAAAUAAUUUGUUUUUGUUUCUAUGAUAUACCAUUAGCAGUGUUUUAUUUGCGGAAUUGCACAGAUCUUUUGCGAGUUCGUUCAUGUUCUGGAACUGAGUUAACUAUUUAAUAGCUAUUGUUAAAAAUACAUAUCAGCUAUCGCGUAAAUCUGACGAUGAAACAUUUGAUCUCUUUCAGGGUGUCCACUGUGUUACGCGUAGUCUUAACACUUGUGUAGUCAGACUCAGUCUCACUCCCCAUGGCUGAAUCAGGCACAUGACACAGUGGACACCUCUGUCGUUUAUCGUUUGAUAACCAUCCCGCCACAUUUUCAAUGAUGGUCAGUGGUCACAUCACGCACACGUCUAGCUAACUUUUUUAUUAUUUUGGGCAUCCGUAAGUUCAGUCAUUGGCGAGGCGAAUUAUUACAUACGUGCGAUGAAUUUGUCAGAAUAUAUUGUAAAUAUACACCGUUUUAUGUAAUAAUUUUAUUUUUAAAUCUGCCAACAUCCACGUAUAUAAUAGCAUCGAGCUGUCAAUUAGAUUUAUACGAUACAUACAUAUAUUCCUUGAAAUAACUUCCCCGUUAAUUAAAUACGUUCUAGGUAAAAGUAGACUGUAAUGACGACUAUUUUUUAUCUGUCUAGGUGGAUGACCAUCAUAAACUAAUUUAUACACAGAUUAAAAUUAAAAUAGAUUACCUAUUGGCAAGUUGUGUAAAAUAAAUAAGUUUACUAUAAUGCUAUUAUUAUGAUGUCACUAGUUAAGUAAGCAAUAUAAAUAUAAGGUAAUACGAAAA